AUGUCUUGUGUGAUGUUCUCGGCAGAGGAGCAACCAGAGGAAGAGGAGGAGCAAGAGGACGCGGGAGCAGCUGACCAAGCAAUUGGCUCGGACCAGGAGCAGGAGGAACAGGAUCCAGACGAGUUGGAUGAUGGCACCAUCGACGACGAUGAGAAUGAAAAGUUAUGGCAACAAAUGGAGACCAAUGCUAAAGGCAAAAAGAAUGUUUCCAAGAAGACACAAGAUGAUGAUGAUGAAGAGGAGGAUGAUCAGGAUUUUGAUAAUAUGUCAUUCGAUGGAGAGGAUUAUGAUGAUGACCAAGAAGACGACGAUGAUGACGAUGACGAUGAAGAUGAUGAUGAAGAGGAAGAAGAAGAGGAGGAUAACAAUAAGAGAAGAUUUGUGAUGGCACCAGCAAAGUUGGCAGCAGCACUCCAGGCUAAGUCCAAGGCCAAGGCUAUGUCCAACUCCAACUCCAAUGCCAAGCCCACCAACAACACCAACACAAAUACAAACAACAAGAAGAGAGUCGCAACAACAUCUGGUAAUGUGGCCAAGAAGUCCAGGAAAUAA